UCGACGACGCAGCAGCGACCCGCACGGCAAAGGUGAGCGCUCGCGGUACUCCCGAAACUGAUCACGGUCGACCUGUUAAUUGUUGGUUAUCCGGCGUGCUACGACGGUGCCGGCGGCGCCGACUCCUCGCCCGACAGCCGCUCGCGACGCCCGCGCCUCGCAUGCCGACCGCUUAGGCUCGUACACACAACUCAACACUACCCCGGGUUCAAUGAGUGGGGACGCAGAGUACAUAUCCACGAACUUCAACAUGAGGAACAACGUCAAGCCUUCAUUCUGGGGCCAGCGCUCCAAGCUGGAGAAGAGACUGAUGGUGGUGGCCGGCGUCACCUCGGUGCUAGCCAUCGCGUUCCUGGCUGCCUUCAUCGCCAGCCUCCUCAUGAAGACCACGGCCGACAUAAGCAACUUGCCACAGACUAGUGAACUGAGACUUUCUUCAUCCAUGCCGCCAGCCGUCGUCUCCAAGGGAGGUACCGAUGUCAAAAUAUGCAGCAGUCCCGGGUGCAUCCAUACGGCGUCCAAACUCCUGAUGAACCUGGAUGAGAAGGUGGAUCCUUGCGAUGACUUCUACGACUUCGCGUGUGGUUCCUUCGUGAAGAACACCCGGAUCCCCGACGACAAGACCUCGGUGAACACCUUCUCCAUCAUCACGGAUCAGCUCCAGGAGCAGAUCCGAGCGCUUCUCGACGAACCCAUCACGACCUCCGAACCCAGGCCUUUCAGAUUGGCCAAGACCCUGUACCAGGCCUGCAUGAACCGAACUGCUAUCGAAGCUCGUGGAACCAAGCCUCUGCUGGACAUGCUGCACCGACUGGGCGGCUGGCCUGUUCUGGAUGGAGACUCCUGGAACGAGCGCGCCUUCUCCUGGGAGCAGUCCGUGUACAAAUUCCGCUCCGCUGGUUACUCCGUCGAUUACUUCCUGGACUUCUCCAUCAGCGUCGACGUCAAGAACUCAACCAAACGGAUCAUCGAUCUGGACCAAGCCUCGCUGGGACUCAGCCGAGAGUACUUGAACCGAGGGUUCAGCGACAAGCUCGUGCAAGCGUACUACGAGUACAUGGUGGAUAUCGCAGUGCUUCUUGGAGCAGACCGCGCCCGCGCAGAAGUCGAGCUCAAGGACUCUUUGCAGUUUGAAAUGAAACUGGCCAAUAUCUCAUUGCCACUGGAGAAACGUCGUAAUGCCACCAGCCUGUACAACCCAAUGACCAUAGCUGAGCUGCAACAGAAGUUCCCCAAGAUUCCGUGGUUGGAAUACAUCAACAAGCUUCUGGCCCCUCAUGUGAACGUUGGACUCGAUGAAAUCACCAUCGUCAGUGUGCCUAAAUACAUUUCUGAUCUUGAGGUUCUCUUAGCCAGCACCCCGGCGCGAGUGCAGGCCAACUACGUCAUGUGGCGCGUAGCCGGCGCCUCCGUGUCAUACCUGACCGACGACCUGCGCAGACGCCAGCUGGCCUACGUCACCGCGCUGUCAGGCAAGACGGAGCGCGAGAGCCGCUGGAAGGAGUGCGCUGACACCACCAGUGUUAGCAUGGCCAUCGCUGUGGGAGCGCUCUACAUCAGAAAAUACUUCAACGAGAACUCCAAAGCCAACGCUCUGGAAAUGGUGAAUGAUAUCAGACUGCAAUUCCGCAAGACGUUGACCGAGGUGGACUGGAUGGACGAGAUGACCCGGAAGGCUGCCCUGGAGAAGGCAGACGCGAUGGCCUCCCACAUCGCUUACCCCAGCGAGAUGCUUGACGACAACAAACUUACCGAGUUCUACGAGGGACUGGAGAUGUCAUCGGACAUGCUGAUGGAGUCUGUUCUCAACCUGACUUUGUUCGGCACCGAAUACCUGUUCGGAAAGCUGCGCGAGCCCGUCAACAAGACCGACUGGAUCACCCACGGACGCCCGGCCAUCGUCAACGCCUUCUACUCUUCAAUCGAGAACAGCAUCCAAUUCCCCGCUGGUAUCCUGCAAGGGGCCUUCUUCUCGGCAAAACGCCCCGCUUACAUGAACUAUGGCGCCAUAGGCUUCGUAAUCGGACACGAAAUCACUCACGGAUUUGACGACCAGGGUCGACAAUUCGACAAGAACGGCAACCUUGUGGACUGGUGGCAAGAAGUUACCAAGCAAAAGUAUUUGGAGAAAGCCAAAUGUAUUAUUGAUCAGUAUUCCAACUACACCGUUAAGGAAGUGGGCAUGAAGCUGAACGGCGUGAACACGCAAGGUGAGAACAUCGCUGACAACGGUGGCAUCAAAGAGGCGUACUACGCGUACCAGGCCUGGACGCAGCGGCAUGGCGAGGAGACCAGGCUGCCUGGACUGGAGAAAUACACUCCACGGCAGCUGUUCUGGCUGAGCGCCGCCAACACCUGGUGCGCGGUGUACCGCAACGAGGCCAUAAAGCUGCGCAUCACGACCGGCUUCCACGCGCCCGGCCGCUUCCGCGUCGUCGGGCCCAUGUCCAACAUGGAGGAAUUCGCCGCAGACUUCCAGUGUCCCCUCGGAUCCCCCAUGAACCCCGACAACAAGUGUAAAGUUUGGUAGUGCCUACCCGAUUACCCCCUCGAAAUCCGACAGGCCCUAUGCAGCCUCACCUAACGGAUUCGCCUGAUGAGCUAUUCACAUUAAUUUUCUCUCUAUUUUAAGGCACUUUUGACAGACCUCGUAUUUAUAGCUCCAAUUUUUCUUACCGACGAGGCUCUCAACCCAUCACUCGCAAAUGUGGACGGCACUCAGGCUUAGUGAAAAAACACUAUUUUAUAGCACUUAUACUUCUUAUUGAUGAACUGUAAGUUCAGUAUUUACUACUGUUAGAUGUAAUUCGAUGCCGGCGCCCCAUGGGGCGCCGGCGCCCGCGCACGCCGCGGUUAGAGCGAGUCUGAAUGUUGAAUGUUUAGGUGUCAUCAGAUAUAUCGAUGUUGUUUAACUUGUAAAUAGAAUUAGCUGAAUUGUGUUUUAGAUAGUAACGUCAAUAUGUCACGAUCAUAAGGUUACAAUAUUUACCUUGGGUGAGAUUUUAGACUGAGCACGUUACAUUGUUAAUCGCUACGGGCAAAAUUCUACUCGAGGCUCUUACUGUCAACUUUACAUGAAUCUUAGAUCUGUAUCAUGAAUCCUUACAUUGUAAAUCGAGCGCAGGGGCGUUUGCGUGUACAUCACAAGUACAAACCAGUAUAAAACAAAAGUAGGAAAUUGCCCGACGAUGUUUGUGCUGCCUAACAUCUAGUUGUUAAUAUAAGCGUUGGAUUGUCACAAGUAUUCGUAUUUAUUGUCUGGGCGGGCGCACCGCGGCGCAUCCCUCGACGAAUUUACUACUUUGGGCGCAGCGGCUGUCGCCAGCUCGUCGUGUAUUUAUCUAUGCUGUAUCGAAUCUCACUCUAUGUGACUAUGAAACGAACAGUGAUAAUUUAAUUGUAGUUAUUAAGUACUUUAAGUGUAACACUUUUGGAUACAAUCAUAUUGUUGUAAAGCAUUAAAAACACCAAUAUAAAAUCUUUUUAUCAAG